AUGAGUACGACACAGAGGGGAGAGUCGAUGAACAUGUAUUUUAAGGGCUUCUUCACAUCAACAACACCUCUUAAUGAAUUUGUUACUCAAUUUGAAGAGGCUAUGAACAGAAGAAGAGAAAAAAAAACCAAGAAAGAUGUUAUCUGCAUCACCUCAUCUCCUUCUUGUGCUACUGGUCACAGAAUUGAGCAACAAGCCGUUAAUGUUUAUACUAAAAAGGUGUUCAAGUUUUUCUCCAAAGAGUGGUUCACUUGUUUUGGUCUUCAAGCGAAUCAAUGUGAUGAUAAAAUUAUAGAGAAGAUGUAUAAGGUCUUUCAUUUGGAUGGGGUUCGAGAGAAUGAUGUCCAAUAUGUAUUGGAUAAUCAUCAGACUGAUAUCACAAUUUAUGGAUGCAACUUGUUCAAUAAGCAAGGUAUACUGUGCAGACAUAUACUUAAGAUAUAUGUGAUAACAGAUAAAUCCCACAUUCCAGAUAGGUAUAUCAUGCAUAGAUGGAUCAAAGCGGCCCAAUUUAGUAACACCACAUCUGUAACUUUGUCAAGAUCAUCUCAAGGACAGCCACAACAACCAAUAUGGCUUUUACAAGAUCUUGCCAAUAAAUUUGUAAGAGAAGGAUCUCUUUUUGAAGAGCGGUUUGAUGUUGCUUUAAAAAUAUUGAAUGAAGGGUUACUGCAACUCCAGAGAUUGCAAUCAAAUUGCCUAGUUCGAGUUGUAAUCCGGAACCUUCAACUGUAG